ACUACCACGGCCGCCCCUACUGCUUCCACGGCCGCCCCUACUACUACCACGGCCGCCCCUACUGCUUCCACGGCCGCCCCUACUACUACCACGGCCGCCCCUACUACUUCCACAGCCGCCGCUACUACUUCCAUGCCCGUCUCUACUACUUCCAUGGGAAAUAGUGCAGCCACCACCACCCCGAGCCCCCUCAGCGCUACUUCCUCUACUAUGUCUGCGGCCUCUCCAACCUCAACCUCCACCUCUAUGAUGAUGACCGGUAGCGCAGCAAGCGGCACCACCCAGCCCAGCAUCUCAACCACUUCUGGAGGGGGUUCAACCAUGAUGACCCAGUCUAACACAAUGACUUCAUCUCCCAUGACAUCAGACAAUGGUUCCUCAUACACAAUGACUCCCUCUUCUUCUAACAGCAGCACAGAUGUUAUGAAUGGAACCACAAUGUGGAAUGAGACUUCAAUGAACAUGGCAAGUCUAGCUUUAUAG